CCGGAAGUAAAGGAAACGGGUCAGCAUGGAGGACGUGUCGGAUUUAUCAUUAUCGUUCAUUGUUUAACUUGUCUCGAGCUAAUGUGCACCUGCAGUUAGUGAUGUGUGUGUGAGUGUGUGCAGAUGUAUAGCUCUGUGUUGUCCUAAUGCACGAGGACAUGUGAUAAUAAAUAAUAAUAAAACAACAGCUGGGCGUGUUUACAUCCGCUGACUCCAAUACAGCAGCUGUGUUCAUGCACAGCGGCUUCUCAGUGUUUCCAUAUCCUGUCCUUUCAACAUCAGCCUCAGUUAAUUCUCUCGUCCAUCACACACGUGGCUGUUCGAUGCCGAACACAUCAGAAGGUCAAGGAUCAAACCUCUCCGGGCCCGCAGAGCCGUCCGGGCUGCAGAGGCCCGCCGAUGGCGAGGAGGACCGCGGCCUGAUGAGCUCCCUGGCUCGGGACGCUGCGAGGGUACGGAGGGCCUCCAGUGCUGAGCUCCACCUGCCGUGGACCUGCCCGGUCACACACUCCCGCGAGAAGUUCUACACCGUCUGCUCCGAUUACGCUCUGCUGAACCGGGCCGCCUCCGUGUUCUGUCCCCCGAACGUCCCCAACAAGCAGGACGAGGGGCUGAAGGCCUCGGCUGAGUCUGCAGAGGCCCCUGUGGGGUCCGAUGGAGACUGUGACAUGAUGGAAAUGUCCAAACCUAUUCUGGCCUGGGAGAUAGAUACCACCGACUUCGAAGCUGUGCUCACUAGAAAAAUAAGAACAAGCAAUGUGAAGAAAAGCGGCACCAAGAAGAUGAAGUCUUCAGACCGACUCAGCAGGAACCUGCAGGACGUCCCGUCUCACGCCUCGCAGGACGAGAUCAAACAGAGAAAAGUGCUCGACCUCAGAAGAUGGUACUGCAUCAGUCGGCCGCAGUACAAGACUUCCUGCGGGAUCUCUUCUCUGAUUUCCUGCUGGAACUUCCUGUACAGCACUCUGGGUGCAGGCAGUCUGCCCCCCCUCUCCCAGGAGGAGGCGCUGCACAUUCUGGGCUUUCAGCCUCCUUUUGAAGAAAUCAAGUUUGGUCCUUUCACCGGCAACGCUACGCUAAUGCGGUGGUUCCGACAAAUCAAUGACAACUUCCGGGUGCGAGGUUGCUCCUACAUUUUGUACAAACCGUACGGGAAACACAAGACGGCCGGAGAGACGGCUGAAGGAGCGUUGGGGAAGCUGACCCAGGGGCUGAAGGACGAGUCCAUGGCUUACAUCUAUCACUGCCAGAACCACUACUUCUGCCCCGUGGGCUUCGAGGCCACGCCGCUCAGAGCAGCGAAGGCGUACAGGGGACCUCUACCCACUAAUGAAACGGAGCACUGGAUCCUGAUUGGUGAGCCGAGCAGGAAACAUCCAGCGAUCCACUGUAAAAAAUGGCUGGACAUCGUGACGGAUCUCAACACACAGAAUCCAGAAUACCUCGACAUCCGUCACACAGAGAGAGGGAUCCAGCGCCGCAAGACCAAAAAGGUGGGCGGUAACCUGCACUGCAUCAUGGCCUUCCAGCGGGUGAACUGGCAGAAGCUCGGCCCCUGGGCUCUGAACCUGGAGAACCUGCGGCACGACUUCCACCAACACGGCACGGAGCGUGCCCAGGGGAGCGCCGCGGAGGAGACGGAGGAGAGGGCGUCGUCCAAGUGCCUGGCCAACCUGGGACGCUCGCACAGUACGGGGAGUCAGAAAGACUCGAGCUGGAAACGUCUGUCCAACACCGCAGAGUACAGACAGAGCGGCUCCCCCUGCAGCGACCUCGAGGAAGACAUCGCAGAUUAAAGAGGUUAAAAAACCCACGUUACGGUGAAGAACAUCGAACGGACAGGUCCGGUGUUUGCUGCCAACAAAUCUCCUGCAAAGACCAAAACAACGCGUUUUCAGACCUGUAGUUCGUAAACGUUCACGUUUCUAAACCGCACAUCAAACGACUCUGACGCGUAUUUAAGGCCAUUGUGGGGAAAACUCUCAAAACACUCCAAAGAUUAGAAAGAAUCUGAAACUCUCUACGAUUUAGGACCAAAACGUAAUAUUUUUAUAUUAAUAUCAACGUCCUGUUUUCAAAAUAAGGUGUUAAAGUGUUUAUAUGAAACACAUGUAUAAAAAUACUAUUAAUUGGUUUAUAGUCACAAGAUUUAUAAAACUUGUGACCUCUGUCCCUUAAAUAUUAAAGAGUAAAUAUCUCUAAACCUUAAUGUUCUUUAAUUAAAUGCUGACAAUGAUUGAUGCAUUUGAG